UAUGUGUAUUCUUCAGGCUGGUGCCGGGUAGGGUUUCAUAAUUUUUAUGUCUAACUCGCACUGCACGCUGGACGCGCCCGGGGCAGAAGAAGAAACCAUGAAUGGAAUGAGCUUCAGCAAGCUGUGCUGCCUUUUUUGCUGUCCACCAUGCCCUUCAACAAUCACGGCCAAAGUAGCCUUCAGGCCUCCAGUCCCGACAUAUAAUUUUGUUCCUGUCAAUGAGAAAGAAGAGAAAUAUACCAUCAACUUCACGGAAGGAGCCGAGUGGCAAUUCGGCGAUGCGGAGAAGGAAUGCCUAGAUGCGUUUUACACGCGUACAAGCCGCGGAAGCAAAAUCGCGUGCAUGUAUGUGAAAUGCUGCCCAAAUGCCAAGUACACAGUGCUUUUCUCUCACGCCAACGCUGUGGACUUGGGCAUGAUCAGCAGUUUUUAUGUGAUGCUUGGAAUGCGAAUCAACUGCAACAUAUUCAGCUUUGACUAUUCUGGCUACGGGUCAAGUUCAGGGAAGCCAUUGGAAAAAAAUCUGUACCCUGAUGUCAAUGCUGCCUGGUUGGCGCUCCAAAAGCGUUACUCGAUCUCACCCGAGAACGUUAUCCUCUAUGGUCAAAGUAUCGGCACAGUCCCGACCAUUGAUUUGGCUGCCCGGAAUCAUUUUGCUGGCGUCAUUCUUCAUUCGCCGUUGAUGUCAGGGAUGCGUGUGUUGUUCGAAACUCGUCGUACUUGGUGUUUUGAUGUCUUCACGAGCAUUGAGAAGGUUCACAAGAUUCAAUCGCCGGUUCUGGUAAUCCACGGGACGGAAGACGAGGUUAUCAAUUUCUCCCACGGCGUUGCGAUUUACGAGAAAUGCUCACAACCGGUUGAACCGCUGUGGGUUGAGGGAGCGAAUCACAAUGAUAUCGAGGUUUUCCCGCAAUACCUCGAACGCCUGAGACACUUCAUUAAUUCGGAUUUGAGCAACUGACAUGAAGAAGCGGGUGCAGAGAUGAAUCCACCGAUGCCCACAAGAGAUGCAGUUUCUCCGAUUCUACCGCUCGUAAAGGCAUCUUCCACGAGUGGUUCGCCAUCCAGUGCCGAAUCGGCUGUGUGGCAAUUAGACGAAUCUCGCACCCGCGCUAAGCCCUCUUCGCCGAAGAGCUUGAGCGAAACCGUGCUUGGCCCCGAAGUUGAGGAAUACUCCCGAGAAAAACUUUUGUGAACCACUCACACAGUUUCUUCCCUGUCGCGCUAUUUUGUAUCGGCCGUCGCGCUCAUUUGGUACGCGAAUUUUUGUAGCACGUGGAGGAAAGGUAAGGAAAGUGUAUUUUUGAUCUCCUUGGAAGAUUCAAACUUGGAAAAAAGUGUGAGAGCAGGUUGAGUGAUUGAGGAUCCGCUAGCAUCUCUUGCAACUACUAAGUGGGUGUUUUUAUGUUCGUUCAUUUGGUGCCUGUUCAGUGUCUCAUCUACAAUUCCUUUUGAUCCGAAAUACCUUCUACACUUCGUCAGUGAACUUGAAAUAUUGUUAUUUCAUGUUGAAAAUUUAUCUAACUACAGUAUUUCUCGUGAGUUUGUUCAACGUUCAGUAAAAUUCACGAUUUUUAUCGAAAUCCUGGCUGGAUAAUGUCUUAUCUUGGUCAUCUGCUCCCUAUUCACAUUGAGGUGUUGUCGAACUUCAUCUAAUUUUUCGAUAUUUUAGUCUAUGACAAACCGCUUCUGCUUCCUGUGUACUAAUGUCUGCUUUUAGAAAACUGAAGAGAGCUGAGUUGCCUGAAAAUUCAAAUGAAAAAAUACGGCGGCCCAUACAGAAUAAGCGAGGACGUUUUUGUCCCAGCGCCCAAGACGAUGGCCAUGAAGACUAGUAAAUGAAAUCUGAGACAUAAAGUAGAUGUAACAGUCUCAUGGUGAUACGUUUUUAAAAAGGGUUACGCCAUGAAUUUUGAUUGUUGAAAGGUUUUCUAGAGUUACGAAGGUUUUAUGAACUCUUCACUACAGUAGCCUAGAACAGAACGUACUCAGUUGUUUCCAUCUUUCAUAUUAUUGUAAACUGGGGCGUUUACGUCCUUCCGAGGGUAUAAUAUAUGCUACACGUUGACAAAUUGAAGCCUCAACUAAAGAUAGAAGAUACGCGUUUCGCGGUGCAUGUCACCAGGAUACAUGUGUUGGAGAGGUAGAUGUCGUACUGAAGUGGCAUCUUCAAUUUUCCGCGUGUUCGUCUUUCAAUUGUUGCUCGGUUCUCUCGCUUAAUUUCUGGUUAGCUGUGAUGAGCUGUCGUAAUUCCAUGUAACGUCGAUAUUGAGUGUAGAAAAUUGUGCGUUUGGUUGGGAAGAGAGUGUGGUUCGAUGUUCAGAAACCUUGUUGACCAUAUCCCCUUUGAUAUUGAACUUGUUUAAUUGUAUUUCUUUGAACGGCGAUAUAUCUGGAAAAAUCUUGCUUCAGAUUUCGUAUUUUUGUCAACCCGCACGUUAACUCCAAAAAUCUUGCUGGGAAUCUUCUCGUGGACCAUGUGCUUGCAUUCCGCGUUUUCUGUCGAAGUAUUAGACAACUUCUAAGGCGAUUGCGUGUGUUGUGUGGUGUAUGUGAUAACCGCGCACCGUUGCGAAAACAAAGGAAAACUUCAAAAGAUAUUCAUUUUGCUUCGUUAGUGCGGUCGAGAGUUUUAACAGAAACGUCUUUGUUCUAUUGUCAUUGUACGGGAAAAUGGAGAAACAGAUUAUAAUUGAUUUCGGAUUUCAUGAUGAACA